AUGGCAAAAGCAGAAUCUGCUACAAGAAACAAUGUCGAUUGCCUUAAUGUAGAUUUUAUGCGAUCUCUAGUAAAACAGUACACUGAAUUGGGUCAAUGGACGAGUGCAUUUUUCUGGGCGGAUGCCGCAGCCGCAGCUGCAUCGAGUGGGCCAACAGUUGCAAAUGGAGAUGAUGUUUGGUUACUUGCUAGUGCUAUGUUAGCUCGUGGUGAGCUUCAUAGAGCUGCACAUGCUGUCACUUCUAGAGGAUUACACAGAAGACAUCUACUAUGUCUUGGAGUGGCAAUGAGAGCUUACAUAGCUGCAAAAGAGCCCACAACGGCAAUUAAUAUUCUAGAAGAAUGUGACCCAGGCCUUUUAGAACCAAGGAGCAUGGACCAAACACAUAAUAGGGCAUUGGCAGGAGUGUUAAUCUGGCAAGCAAAGGCUCUGUCAUCACUAGAGCGUAGAGAAGCAGCGGCUGAGGCAUUGACCGCAGCUUUGAGAGCUGAUUGUGCUUGUUAUGAGGCUUUGGACUUGUUGCUGGAACAACAUGCACUUACACCUAGUCAAGAGAGUGAACUCAUAGAGUCCUUACCAAUUAAUAAUCAAAUGAGUGCGUCAGAGGCCACGAUGCUGCGGGUCGCUUACCGCGAGAGACUGCUGCGGUACUCGCCCAUAAACAAAUACCUCUUCUUACCGGGCGCUGAUAGCAAUAUAAAAACAGCAGUAGACAUAGCUCGCACACGUAGCGUGGAAGCGGCCGAAGCAAGGGGGCGUAGCCUCGCAGCGGCCGGCGAGUGGACCGAAGCCCUAAAGGCCUUGGACGCAGCCGGGCCCUGGAGCUGUGCAGAGGUCAGGGCCGCCUGUCUGGUGGAGUUGAAGAAGAGCGCAGAGCUCUUUGCCUUUGCUCACGCCCUGGUAGACGCGUACCCUCAGUCGUGGACUGCGUGGUACGCUGUUGGGUGUUAUUAUUAUCUUAUUGGUAAGAGCGAGUUCGCGCGGCGCUACCUGAGCAAGGCGUGCGGGCUGGAGCCGCGCGCGGGAUGCGUGUGGCUCGCCUACGGGCACAGCUUCGCCGCCGACAACGAGCACGACCAGGCCAUGGCGGCCUACUUCAAGGCGAGUCAGUUGAUGCCGGGCUGCUACCUGCCGCCGCUGUACGUGGGCGUGGAGUGCUCGCUGCUCAACAACGUGAGCAUGUGCGAGCGCUUCAUGGCGCGCGCCGCCGCGUUGCACAGUACUGCCAAGGUGAGCGAGGUACCGGAAGCGGAGGCGGAGGCGGAGGCGGAGGGCGCGUGCGGGUGGGAGCGGCUGGACACGACGUGCGCGGAGGUGGCGCACGAGGCGGGCGCGGCGGCGCUGGCGGCGGGGCACGCGGCCGCCGCGCACGCGCUGUGGCGCCGCGCGCUCGCCGCCGCCGGCCCGCCCGACCAGCUGAAACCCUGCUGGGCAGCGACACUAGAUGCGCUAGGGCACGCGUCGCGAGCCCUAGGCCGCCCACGCGAGGCCCUAGCGUGGCACGAGCGUGCCCUAGCGCUGCGUCCCGCGCGCGCCUCCUCCCUCGCUGCGAGAGGGCUGUGCCUGGCCCUACUGGGGCGCGAGACGGAGGCGGCAGACGCCCUACACGCAGCCCUAGCUAGGGACCCGGACCACGUGGUUGCGUUGGCCUUGUUGGAUGCGAUUGUGGAUAGAUUGGACGCUGCGCUUACCGAAGAAGAAAUCCCACAGUUCCCGUUCCCACCGGUGGACAUCUCGGCGGCGGCGUCGCCCGCCGCGCCCGCCACGCCCGCCCGCGACGCCACGCUCAUGUCUGACAUGAGCAUGAGCUUUGAU